GUUCCUUCCCUUUUUCUGCCUACUAACCGAACUAACUAAACAGUACAGUGCUUUUACUUACUCAUACCCUUACUCUCCAGUACUACUACCACCUCAUGAAACUCUACCCACAGCAUCAUCGGCGUCAUUAACUUUAUCCCCUCCCCCUUCUUACAACAUCCACCUUUUAACGUUUCUUCCCUUUUGCUGCCUACCCUUUAACCUUUCCCAAUCCCUACCUUUUUCUCCUCCUCUUUUCCUCCCCUUCUCCUCCACCCAUCUCCUCUUCGUCAGGAAUGCCUCGCCUUCUUCUACCCUGUAGACGAUCGUCGUUAUCUUAUCAUGGCAACCACCCUUGAACAACCCGCGCCCGUCGAACGCGUUACCCUCGGCCGCUCCCGGUCUGCCCGCUUAGCGGAUCAAGCUGCGACAGCCGCUCUCUAUGUAACCCAUCCAGAACGGAAAUUAUCAGUCCGUGAGCCCUCGACAGCUGAAACGGAACUAGCCACCUUGAAGGCGACAGGCUCCCGCCCCGGAUUUAGCCAUGCAUCUGCAGUAGCCGCUCUCGCUCACGCCCAAUCCAAAGGAUCGGGGACAAAAGGUGCAGCUACAACACAGCAUGUGGAAGACAAGCGCGCAUCCGAUGUGCCAAGCCUGGAAGGCUACAAGGCUGCGGCCUUCGUUCUCAGGGACCGUCGGUCGAUCGUCAGCUCUUCCACUGGGCCGUCAGACCUCAAGUAUGACUCGUCCGGAGCUGGUCAGACGAUCGAAUCACGUUCCGGUACAACAGGCCGAGAUAGGACGCGUUAUGCGGUAACGGGUGCUUUAUAUGCUAACCGAAGGAGAGCCGACUCCGCCCCGUCAGAGGCGCCUCACGUGGGAAUGGAGGCGGGCGAAGUCCUUGGGGAUCUCGACAACGCCAUGGAAGCUAGUAGGAUCCAGCAUAUUGCCAACACCAAUGCACGGCUUUACACCGCUACCCCUCCUGUCGCACCAGAGCUCGACGAAUACAAGCGGAAGAGCAUCCUGCAGGCUGCAGCAGUCUCUAUGGCGCGUGACAUGUAUGCGGUUGUUGAGGCCAAGGAGCAGGGCCCCAUCAGCCCCAGUCGCAUGCGCUCCCAGCGGACCGCGACGGGAGCAGAGCCGAUGAUCUUGCAACAGGCUUUUAGCUUACAAGAUGCCGCAGAGAAGCGGGCGGCGGAGAAGUUGGCCAGCAUGCAGGAUGAGGCGGCCAUCUACCGCGAAUACUACGGAAUCGAGCCCCAGACAACGCGCUCUAGCUUACAGGUCCGCAGACGAAGGCUAUCAAUCGACAGUGAUGCUUCUUCGGUUGACGCAGAGAGAUCGAAGGAGAUCAGAAGCCAGAUGUAUAGUCUGCGAACAAAGCUCGAUGCGGUGGAUGAGCGCAGAGAAAAGGACCGCGCGCUCCUGAUGGAGGCUGCGAGAAGAAAUGUCGAUGCUACCAUCCAAGACAUGGAGAUGCGUGUUUAUGCAGAGACAGGGCGCGCGCCAGCCGCCAUGCAGAAGGAACUGGAGGAAACCGCCUUACUUCGCGCAAAGGAGAGACAGGAGACGGACGCGCAGUACCAAUUCGCCGACCGCGUGAAUAUCAGCUCACAGAAAUACGUCGACAUGGCAGAUGUGGAGGCUCUCGCUCGUUCCCGGUUGCAACCCACGUUUGAUGAAAUCACGGACCGUGCGGAAACGAAGCGAGCUAGGGAGAUGGAACAGCGUCUUGAUCAGGAAGAGGCUGAGAGACGAGAAGCCAUCCAACGCGAGCGAGAUGCCGACACAAGGGCAGAGGAGAGACGCAUGAGAGCUUCUUUGAGGACCGACUCCAAGUACAAAGAGGAGAAAGCCCGUUUGUGGAGCCGCAAGUCGAAGCGCACUUCCGAGAACGAAACCUAUACGUUAACUGGGGCUGUUGACGGAGCAGCAGAUGAGGCACGCGCUGAGACUGCGCCGCAACAGACGUCCACGGAGGGUGCUCAGGGGACAACUGCAGGCGCUGUUACGGAGACUGCUCCCGGCGAGGCCAUCUCAAAGUCCGAGUCGAAGCUGAGAUCAUGGUUCAAGGGUCGGCUAGGCCGUCGUCCGAGUGGACCUGCAGCAGGCGAGGCUACGAAGUCAGGCAAGGACACUCUGGAAGUGGUCCCUUCAAUAGAACCAGGGCCAGCGGCAGAACAGCCAGAGGCUCAGGUGAGUGAAACGGCAGAACAGCAACCAGAGACCCGGGUAGUUGAAGCCACGGGGCAGCAGCCAGAGACCCGGGCCGUCGAAGAGACGGAACAACCGCCGGAGCCCCAGGCAGCUGAGAGGGUGGAAACACAGGAAGCUCGAGAGAUCUCAAGAGCUGAGCCAGUGCAGAAAUCUGAAGACGAGGACGGGCGAGCUUGGGAUAUUGCUCAUCCAGAAGAGAAGGAACCUGAAGUUCCGGAACUACCGGCUGCUCCUGUUGUCCUUGAAGAAUCUGAACAGGCAGCUGCUGAGGACGGCUCGCGAGGAGCAGCGCUUCGAUCCCAUCCUGUGACCGCCAACGACCUUCGCGUUAUGAGUAAAAGGAUGUCAGUCAGCGAAGGCCAGGAUGAGAAGGAAGCUGUCAACCAGGCAGGUCAGGAAUCCGCUGGAGAUAGGCGCAGUCGUCUCGUGAGUGGGUUCAAGAAGAUUGUUUCCAAGAGCUCGUCGGAGGGUAAGGCUGAAGGGAUUGGCAGCAAUGAUAUUGCUCGUCGAAGCUCGCAGGCCAUCCCCACUCCGGGGGUGGAGACGGAGGAACGGCGGGCGAGCGCGGCGGAACAAGGCCUGUCUGUCCCAACAGUUCGGGCAAAGCGAGCGAGCAGCGGGACUGGGCGGGAAUCAAGGUUCUUGGAGAAGUUGUGAUUGAUAUGAGUUGAUCGUUUGUGUUGUCCAUUAUUCUAUUUGAAUGGGGGGCGCGCGGGGUGGGAUUUGAUCUUACUGUGUAGGAAUAUCUUUUGUGUUUGUACUGUGUACUUUUACCGGGGAGGGAACUGGGGUACAUACCACUAAUGUGUCGUCUUCUGACUGAUGUUACGGUGCUACUGCGAUGUACUUCUGUAGGGAUGGGUGUGUGUUGGAUGCGAUUGCUGUUUGCUGGGUGUUCAGUCGGAUCCAGGAUUGGGCAGACAGUGAUGGAACCGAGGAUGGAUUCAAUUCUGAUAACUAGUGUGCGAAUGACAAUGCAAAUGCUUGUAAC